AAUCGGACCCCCCUUGCACUGUGGUCGGCUUAUCGCCUUAGAGGCCUCUAUGGCCGCGCGCUGUCUUUCAUAUCGCGCCUGCGCGCGACUUUUCCCCAACCCUCAGAAUUCCAGGCGAAAGGAAUGCGCAUGCGUUCCUUUUAUCCUUCCGCCACUCCAGUGUUGCGCGAGCGUGUGUGGUGGGAGAUUCUCACCCCCACCCCCUUCCCGAUGAGCGGCAGCCGGUGCUGAAUGAGAGCAGCGGUAGCGACUGAAGCAGGCGGACGAGGGGAGCAGCCUGGACAGGAGUCCUCCUCCUCCUCCGGCGCAUAACGUUUCGCCUCUUCGCCGUCCCACCGCUUGGUCGCCUCUCUCUCGUGAGCAAGAUUGGCUGAGCCCUGUGAGUGACUGUGGAUUGUAUAAGGCUAUGUCAAAGCGAGAAGGGAUUAUCAAGAUAUUACCUGUAAGGAAUGAUGACUCUGAAGAUGAAUUAGUUAACUAAAUCCACUGCUGCAAAUGUAGGGCAGAAGACUAAUGGUGUGGGCAGCAUGGACCUCACAAAUGGGCAGCCCAGCUGUGGUGUUAGUAUUGCAGCUACUGCUUCAGAGAAGAGUAGCAGUUCAGAGUCUUUAAGCGACAAAGGUUCUGCUGAACUGAAGAAAAGCUUUGAUGCAGUGGUAUUUGAUGUUCUAAAGGUUACACCUGAGGAAUAUGCAGGUCAGAUAACACUAAUGGAUAUUCCUGUAUUUAAAGCUAUUCAACCAGAGGAGCUGUCAAGUUGUGGUUGGAAUAAAAAAGAGAAAUAUAGUUCUGCCCCAAAUGCAGUUGCCUUUACAAGAAGAUUCAACCAUGUAAGUUUUUGGGUUGUUAGAGAGAUUCUUCAUGCACAGACGUUAAAAAUAAGAGCUGAAGUCCUGAGCCACUAUAUUAAAACUGCUAAGAAACUCUAUGAACUGAAUAAUCUACAUGCCCUUAUGGCUGUGGUGUCUGGAUUACAAAGUGCCCCUAUCUUCAGGUUGACUAAAACAUGGGCGUUGUUGAGCCGAAAGGACAAAACUACUUUUGACAAGUUGGAAUAUGUAAUGAGUAAAGAAGAUAAUUAUAAAAGACUUAGAGAUUAUAUUAACAGCUUGAAGAUGACUCCUUGUAUUCCUUAUUUAGGUAUUUAUCUCUCAGACUUGACAUACAUAGACUCGGCAUACCCAUCCACGGGGAGUAUUCUGGAAAAUGAGCAGAGAUCAAACUUAAUGAAUAACAUACUUAGAAUAAUUUCAGAUUUACAACAGUCUUGUGAGUAUGAUAUUCCUGUGUUGCCUCAUGUUCAGAAAUACCUGAAUUCUGUUCAGUAUAUAGAAGAACUUCAAAAGUUUGUGGAAGAUGAUAAUUAUAAGCUUUCACUAAAGAUAGAACCCGGUACCAAUACGCCACGUUCUGCUGCAUCUCGUGAAGAUUUAGUAGGCCCCGAAGUGGGACUUUCUCCGCAAAGUGUACGAAAAAAUGCUGCAGCUGAAGGAGCAUUACUACCACCAACUCCACCAUCCCCUAGGAAUCUAAUGCCACAUGGGCACAGAAAAUGUCACAGUUUAGGAUACAAUUUCAUUCAUAAGAUGAACACGGCAGAGUUCAAAAGUGCAACAUUCCCCAAUGCAGGACCAAGGCAUCUGUUGGAUGACAGUGUCAUGGAACCACAUGCCCCGUCGCGGGGGCAGGCAGAGAGCUCCACUCUUUCUAGUGGAAUUUCAAUAGGCAGCAGUGAUGGUUCCGAGCUCAGCGAAGAGACUUCAUGGCCGGCAUUUGAAAGGAACAGAUUAUACCAUUCUCUCGGUCCGGUGACAAGAAUGGCACGAAAUGGCUAUCGAGGCCACAUGAAGGGCAGCAGUUCUGCAGAGUCUGAAGAUUUAGCUGUUCAUUUGUAUCCAGGAGCUGUUACUAUUCAAGGUGUUCUCAGAAGAAAAACUUUGUUAAAAGAAGGCAAAAAGCCUACAGUAGCAUCUUGGACAAAAUACUGGGCAGCACUGUGUGGAACUCAGCUUUUUUACUAUGCUGCAAAGUCUUUGAAGGCAACGGAAAGAAAACAUUUCAAAUCUACACCAAGUAAGAAUGUGUCAGUAGUGGGAUGGAUGGUCAUGAUGGCUGAUGAUCCGGAACAUCCAGACCUCUUCCUGCUCACAGAUUCUGAAAAAGGGAACUCCUACAAGUUUCAAGCUGGUAACAGAAUGAAUGCAAUGCUGUGGUUCAAGCAUCUGAGUGCUGCCUGCCAAAGCAACAGACAGCAGGUUCCUGCCAACUUGAUGACCUUUGAGUGACUACACUUCUUCCAAACCUCAAUGAGAUGACACUUUUGAAUGCUGUUUGAGAAGAGAGAUCCUGGAGAGAGCAUGCCAGCUAUAUUUCUGUGCCAGAACAAAGUCGGUAAACAGAGUUUCACAGCUCUGAAGUACUAAAUGAACAAACACAAAAAGCACUAAGCGUUCAGGGGAUGGAUUUGCAACAUGACCUGCCAUGGACCAUACUGCUGCGUAAUAUUCUCUGAACUGACCUGUGGAGACCACUGCCUUAAAGAAUGAAAGCAAAACCAACAUGAAACACCAAAUAGUGUGUGUGAGAAAUCUCUGAUGGUGCUGUGCUUGAGUUAAAUAGGUUGUAGCUAGUUUGCAUUUGUUUUAACAUUGGUUUGAAUUUAAAAACACAACUUUUUUGCAAUUUUUCUUGUAAAAGAGUGGAUCCUGUACUGCAAAAGGGUUGUUUCAAGGUGUAGGUUUGCAUAUAUGUCACUUGUACAUUUUUUAAGGGUGUACCAGCAUCCCUCACAGUAGCUCUUGUUGGGCCAGGUAAUUGGGAAGACGAUUUAAUUUGUUUAGGCUUGGAAUUUGAGAAUUGUAAUAUAUUCAAGUUUCUUCUCUUCUCACAAAGCACUGACUUGUGACAACUUGUUAUUGUGUGGGGGUUUUCUUUCCUAGAAGUGGCACAAUGGUUGAGUGUUUAAACACAAUUCUCUUAGAAUCCUCGGCUGUGAAUUUCCUGAUAGAAAUCAUUUGCAGGAUAUUUGAAAGCAAGCUCUGGAUAGCUUUCACUGUGUCAGAACUGAGUUUUUCUUCCUCAAUAUAUUUUCAAACAGGCCACACUCUUAUUUUGAGUAUUUCUGCUUCUUUUUCUUCCUCUAAAAAUAUUCAGUGUUUAAACACCUUUAAUUUAUAUCCCAUUCUUUAUUCUUGAGGAAUGAAUAUUCAGUUCUGACCUUGUAGUAGUGUAUUUCAUGAAGAGAGACUUGGUUGUUCUAAGUCACUUUUAGUUUACGCUUCUCCCACAAUAACCCAUGUUGGGUGUUUGGUAGACACAUCUUCAUAGCCAGCAGUAUUACUGUAUAGAGUUUGCACAACUUGUUUUUCUUUUCUUUUUUAAGUUACUGUGUGUUUCUUUUCAGAAUACGUUUUUUUAAAAAACACUGUAAAAUGUAUACUUUUUUGUACUGUGGAAGCUAACCCUGUGGAAUUUACUUUUUUAAACAGAAGAAAGUGGGGGUGGGGGUAGAACACUAAUGUAGAUACCUUGCAGGCUUACUUACCUAAUUUUUGCUAAUGUUUGUAUGAGUAGAAACAUGCAACUGGGAGCUGCACAUGAAGCAGAUUUGCUAAAUUGACAGGAACAAUCCACAGUACUGUUCUUCAUGCGGUGGCUUUAUUGGGUUUUUAGUAGGUUAAAUAGGCCUUCGAUGGUUUCCAUACAUUUCCAGACCAUAGCACUCCAUGUCCUUCAAUUGGUUCUUGAAGGCUUUUCAGAAUGUGGUUGGCUGCAAUGCUGACAUGUUUUUGUGGUGUUCACGAGACCAUUAAUUGCAGCAGUUAUACUUUAAACCCAGGGGGACGAGGGGUGUUUCCAUGAAGACAGGACACCAAGAAAAAAAUAUAAAUUGGCUUAAAGCCAGCUCAGCUACUGGUUUGUUUCUUCUAAUAGCCUUCUCAUAUCCCCAGAGCUUCAAAGGAUGGGGAAAGCAGUAUUACAACUAAGCAUUCAAUGUGAGCCUGGCUUCCUUUCAGCUAUUUUUGUUUCUAUCAAACUUCAAAUGUAAUACAUUCAUAUGAGCACUGAAAAUGAAACUGCUUAAACUGGUUUAUGGGAAUAAAAGAAAGGGUGUUCAGCUAACUUACAUACAUUCCAUGCUUUUUUAACCCUAUAUUAAUUUUGGGACAUUGCACACAAGUACUGAACCAUUCCAGGCUUUGGGGAAUGAUUGAUUUGUCAUGAACAACCUUUCAAAAAUAUUUUUACAGAUAGCACAUUUUCCUCCUCCUUCCUCCCCCCCACCCCCACCCCCCCCCAAAAAAAAACUUGAGAAGAAAAAUAGUCUUCACUCUUAAGAUUUCCUUUAUACUUCCUUUUUAUAAAGAAACAUUAGGACUUUUAAAAAAGAUACUACUGAUAGAAAGAACUAAUUAAUAACAUCUACAGUUUGCUACCAAAUGUAUUUUAAAUCUCAGUGACUUGAAAUUUCCCAGAUCAGUACUAUGAAUUCCAAUAGAUUUCAGUAUUUAUUUUGAAAGAGAUGAGUUAAACAUCAGAAACCGCCCCUCCCCACCUGUAAACAUUUGACUCCAUCUGUGUCCGAAUGAAGUGUGUUGAUCACUACCACAGGUACUUUUUAGAACUGAGCUAGCUGUUUAGAUUUUAACACAAGUAUUUUGUCUCUAACAAACUUUAUUUGGCAAGGAUGAUUCGAAAAUAAGCUACCUUCCAAAACACUGACUGCUCAGUAUACAGUAUAGCUAUAUUUUUCUAAGGGUGAGUUUUUAUUAUUCCACAUACACCAAAUCAAGUCAUUUGGGAGUCUAUGCAUAUGUUAGAAUUUUUACAAAAUGGUCCACACAACUGGAGUUUAUGUAAUCCCUGAGUCAUGUGCCUGAUUUCUGUGAGCAAAACCAUGGGAACAUUGCUUGUGCUACAGUGACUCAGUUUGUACCUUGAGUCUGAUGAGUCAUUUUUAAAAUAAGAUGCUUUGAAAUAUCCUACAAGGAAUUUUUAAUUCAAAGGGCAAAAUAUAUUCUCUUUAAUUAUAAAAUAGAAAAAUCUCACUAAACAGGUCCAACUAUCUUGAAUAUAAAAACAUUGCCAGUUUAAUCACAUAUAUCGGCUCUCAUAGCUAUGUCUGUCACACACCUCAACUUAAGGCUGAUCUCACAACAAGUCAGUGUGCCAGUUUCCUUCAUUUUCCAGACAUUAAGCAUUAAUCUUUUGUUUUGGUGGGUAACGCACAAUCUACUAUCCCAGCUCACUUCUUCUUGGCAUGUUGACUUACGGUAGAAGGUAGGCUGAGAUUUAAUAGAAAGGCAGUCUGAUGGCAUGACUCAGCCAAGCCACAAGGGAGUUUCCAUUUUAUGAAAGUGCAACUCAGGGCUGCUCUCACAUUACAUUUUUCCUACCUUGAGAGAAUCUCCAUGUAGACAGGGGAAAUAAUGUGAUUUAACAUGUUAAAUUGAUGCAAAUGUUGUGACCUUGGCGGAGACAUAUUUUCCUACAUGGAGACUGUAGGGGGGAAAUGACUCUGAGAGAACUUGCAUAAGCUCUUGAUAUGAUUAUAUUUGAAUAACCAAAAUUUAUUGUGAAUGUUGGUACUAGAGGCACAAUACUGCUUGAAGUCAAGAGCAAUCUAAACAAAUAUAGUAGGAUUAAGUGAAGUUUAUUGUUUACUUACUAAUUUUGAAGCAUGUUUCUUUAAAAUAGUCAGACAUACACAAAUCUGCUUCAGAUUAAGUUUAGUCACGGAGUGAUCUUCCUAUGGCUCUUCCAGUUGCAUCUUUCUCUUCUUUUCUUUUUGUACAUAUUUCUUUUUCAUUCCAAAGCAUUAGUAACCCCACUUGUAUACUGCCUGCUAUGAAAGCCUGAGGACACUAAAACUGGUACUAAACAGUCAUCGUUUCCUUGAAAAGUCAGUCUUUCAAGAUUUUGUGAUUUCCAGGUUGCUCCCUUUCCCCCAUUAAAAAUGGCUUGUGUUUAAAAGAUGCCAUUAUAAUUAUAAGCAAAUGCAAACUGUUCCUUUGAAGGAGAAUAGCAUUUCCUGCCCAUCAUGGGAUGAUGGGCAUUUUAUAUUUGCAUAAAUUUUUGCCAGUGCCUUAUUGACCUGUUUGAAGACCAAGGGGGCAGUCCACCCAGCACCAUAAUCGGCUAAGCAUUCCCCAAUUCAUGCAAAUUGGGUUUUUGCAGGAGCCCCAUUCAAACCCCAAUUAAAUGAAUGGAACUUGUGCAGCCAGUGGAAUUGUUCCAUUGUUCUUGCCUCUGUUGUGUUUUGAAAUUCAGGAUUGCUGCAGUAGUGGACCCAAUGACCUUUUCCAUUAAACAGGGCAAGCUUUAAUGUAUUCCACUAGGGUUGUGGUUUUUAAAAACACCAAAUAUCUACAUUUGUGUUUGGGAUCAUUUCAGACAUUCACUAUGGCAGAAAGCUGCUGGACAUGAGGGAUAUAUGCACAUGCCACCACACAAAUAUCAUAACAUGUGAGCUGGCUCUUCACACUGGUCCAACCUCUGUUGCUACCACAUGUAUGAGCUUAUCACUGGAGUGAAUGUCUGAAAGAGCUUUUUCAGAAUCUGCGGAGGUUUAGACCAGCAAAAAUCACAUGAUAUAUGAACUAAGUUAGCUUCCCAUAAUAAUCAAAGCUAGCAUCAUACGAACAGACCCAAAGUUUUAAAGUAGGUUAGGACAUAUCUGAAUUCAAGUAGCUACAUUUAAAGAAUGUUCGCUAUGGUAGUGGGAUGGGGAGGCUUAGUUACCGAAUGGCACUCAUGAGGAAAUCAGAACUGUGUUCCUAUUGUUUGGCUUUUUGUGUUUAAACUUGUUUCUACAUGAAGUGUGCUUGCCAUUACAAAACAAACUCUGAAAGGGCCACAUCCAUUAGUUAUGGUUUUUUGGACAAUUCAGAGGGAAACGCCAUUUUCAUAACAGGUUUUAUAAUUCAAUAUAUAUUUUGAAAGAGAGAGCCUCUUUAUCAGUCACUAAUAUGACCGGCCAGAUAAACUGUUCAUAUGUAGCUUCAAGCUGUGAAAAGUAAAGAUUUGCUUAUAAAGGUGGAUGUUACAGUAUCAUAAGAAAUUUCCUCAGGGAAGGGCUGCAAAUAGACAGAGGCAGUUGCAGCUCACACCAUGCCGAUUCUUGUGACAGAAUGCAUAACCCUUCAUUGUCAAAGGACAAAGGAACAAAAGGAGUAUCCCUUUUCCUCUGUACAAUGGACAAUUGGUAUCUUCUCUUUCUGGAGAAAUUUGCAUCUUAAGUUACGCCAGAGCUGUAUAUAAACACAAGCAUGUCAGUUGGAAGAAAGGGGAAAGAGAGUUUAGUGUCCUUUGUCUGUUUAACAGAAAAUUAAAAUGAAUAUGAAUAUGGCCAUUCACAUUCUACCGCAAUUCACGUACAUGCAAACUGUUCAUAAUGCAAAAGUCCUAAAUUGUGCUGAAUGCUAAACACAAGCCAUUUUUAAUGCAUCUUUUCCCCUGUUAACCUGAAGCACCCAUUUUGAUGGGGGUUGAAUGCACUAUGACCUCCUAGGAGUGAUGUGCAGUUCUUUUUCCUUCUGAUUUUUCGUACUUUACCAUGUGUGCGCAUUUGAAUUGUGUGUUUGCAUAAGCUAUUUCAAGAGGCUUAAAGUAUGAACUUAAAAUUUUCCUACUGAAAUAAAUUACUUAAAAUUUGGA